AGGAUAUUUCGUCCAUUUGUAAUCGCAUAGUAAAACAGCACUGAGGAGAGCAAGAAAGAUGCAAAAAGGAAUCUGCUUGUUGCUGCUGUGCGCCGGGUUCGCCGCGGUCGGGAUUCUGGCAAACGACGCGGAGGAGCAAAAGACCCCGGAAACUGCGUGUGCAUGCGUCGAAAUUUUCUACGCCAAGGACCGCGUUGACAACAGGACUGUGCAACUCACCAAGUGUUUGGAAGACCUCGGGGAGAGCUUUGAUGUCGGAGAUGUGGAACCGGCCGAACUUCGAGAAGACCAUCAGUCAACCCUGGUUAGGCAGGGACCCGACACGAACAAAACGUGUUCCGAGAAGGUGGCUGAUUUCCAGUUGUACUUCGCGACCCUGAAUGAAGAAGAAAGUGCGGCUGAUGAGUUUUCCGCACAACUCGACCGCUGCUUCUACAAACGCGUAGGCUGGGCCCUUGAGAACGGAUACGUGAACAAAUCGGGGGUCGUGGACGAGAUCAACGUCUCCUUCUCGGGCCUCGGGAAAGAAAUCGCGGAACUCCCGGGAGUCAAGGAAAUGAAGAAAUUGCUGGUACACCGAGCAAAGGCGGAGUGCGAGGACAAAAUGGCGAGUCACUGCGCCCGUUCCGCGGGUCCCAGCACUGCUGAGCUGAUUUUUUGCCCUUUGUUUGCAGAUGAAAAACUUUCUGCAAUGCGUAUACGCGCCUUGCUUCAAAGGCCUGUAGAGGCGACGGUUCGAGUUACACGAUUUCCAUCGAUGCGAGCCGGAGACCUGCUUACUUCUUCGUCAGAGAAUUUCCCGCUGCUAGAUCAAAAUGCCUGUUGCAGGAAGAUGGGUUGA